UGUCACACAGUUAAUACUUCAGAAAUCGUUUGUAUUUUGCCGGCGCGACUGCACAGCAACUUGUUUAUCAAUUUUCGUUAUUUUUACCACGUUGUUUUUAUCAGUGACGUAAAAAGGCCUUCGUAAUUAGCCAAUUCUCGGCGCGAGCGCGUAUAGGACGGUUGUGUUAUUCAGGUGCAUCACACGCAACAUCGCGAAUACGCUGAAUAUGGUGAAAGGUGUAGCCAUCAUCACAGUCAGUGAUACUUGUUUCAAAGAUAAUUCAAAAGAUGCCUCCGGACCAUGUCUGGCGGAGUUGGCCCGAGAAUUAUUUCCAAAAGCAAACCUACACACUAUUAUCAUCCCGGAUGAAAAAGAAAUCAUAGAGAAAGAACUCAAAUACUUCUGUGAUUCGAAUUUGGAUUUGGUGUUGACUACAGGUGGAACAGGGUUGAGUUUUAGGGAUGUCACUCCUGAAGCAACAAAAGCUGUUAUACACAGAGAAGUUCCAGCUAUUCCUAUAGCCAUUACAGUAGAAAGUUUGAAGAAAACACCUAUGGCUAUGUUGUCCAGAUCUGUCUGUGGAGUCAGAGACAAGACUUUAAUUAUCAAUUUUCCUGGAAGCAAGAAGGCUGUGAUAGAAUGUUUUGAAGUGGUUCGCUCUGUGUUACCUCAUGCUAUAUCUUUAAUUAAUAAUGAGUUAGCAGAGGUGAGGACAAUUCAUGAUUCUUUACAGUUUGGUCAUUCAUGUCCAAAUUUAAGCUCAGUAGAUGUUUCAAAAGUAGCUUUAAGGCCCCGCGAGUCACCGUUCCCUAUGCUGGAGAUGGCUGAAGCUUGGAAGAUAGUGGAUAGUGUGAUGUCUCAAUGGAAAGAGAGAUUAGAAAUAAUACCAAUAGAGGAUGGUGUUGGCAGAGUAGUCGCUCAAUCAUUGCAUGCUAAAGAGCCCAUGCCACCAUUUCCUGCUUCUAUGAAAGAUGGUUACGCGUGCAUGAGUAUGGACGGCGCAGGAGUGCGGCAGGUGCGCAGUGCGCUGGGCGCAGGUGACGCACCCACCGCGCCGCUGCUCUCGGGGCAGUGCGCACGCGUCAACACCGGCGCGGCGUUGCCUGCGGGCGCCGACUGCGUCGUACAGGUAGAAGACACGAGACUAGUAUCGGCAACGGAGGACGGGCAAACUGAGUUAGAGGUGGAGAUGUUGGUGGCGCCGACGCCGCAGCAAGACGUGCGGCCCGUCGGCUUUGAUAUACCGAUGGGGACUGUGCUGGCUAAUAAAGGAGACGUUCUUGACUCUGCUUUGAUUGGACUUCUCGCUGGCGCUGGAUAUCAGAACGUUGCCGUUCGAGCUCACCCCAAGGUGGCGCUACUUUCCACUGGUAACGAACUACAAGAGCCAUCUGAAUCGAAACUUCGGCCGGCGCAUAUCCGCGACUCCAACAGGACUAUGUUGAAGACUUUGCUCAGAGAACACGGCUACGAUAGCAUUGAUUGCGGCAUCGCCCGCGACACUCCCGACGCGCUGGUGGCGGCCGUCUCCGAGGCGCUGCGGCGCGCGGACGUGCUGGUGUGUACUGGCGGAGUCUCCAUGGGGGAGAGGGACCUGCUCAAACCUGUGCUGCUGAAGGACUUUGGUGCCACACUCCACUUCGGGCGCGUGCGCAUGAAACCAGGCAAACCCACUACAUUCGCCACCUGUCAGUUCGAGGGCAAGACCAAGUAUAUUUUUGCUUUACCUGGUAACCCAGUGUCAGCGUACGUGUGCAGCCUGGUGUUCGUGGUGCGCGCGCUGCGCGUGAGCGCGGGGCGCGCGGCGGAGUGGGCGCGCCUGCGCGUGCGGCUGGCGCGCGCUGCGGCGCUGGACGCGCGUCCGCAGUACGCGCGCGCCGCGCUGCGCGCCGUCGUCGGCGACGACCUGCCCGCCGCCAUCGUGCUGGGCGACCAGUGCAGCAGUCGUUUGCUGAGCGCGUGCGGCACCCAAGUGCUGCUGGAGCUGGCGGGGCGCACGGACUCAACGCCGCGGCUGCCCGCCGGCACCGUCCUCUCCGCGCUCGUGGUCGGCCGCCUGGACCUGGCCUACAACUAGCGCGGCACCUUUAUCCCCAACCAGUGUAGCCGGUCGAUAGUCGACAGACACAGAUAGGAUCGAUAGUCUAAUCGUCGUCAAUGUUCGUUUCGUACUAUCAAUUGCAAUUUACCUAUAGUAUUGCUCCUAAAUAGCUAUCGAUAGUAUAGCCUUUUUCGAUUAAAACUAUCGGCAAGGGUAUCUCUAAAACCAAUCAUUGUGAUUGAAAUCUCACUUCGCUGCAGUAUACUUGUGCUGCUUUGUCGCAGAAAAUGGUAUAGUUUCGACGUAUGUCAGUGUCAAAACUUAUGGAAAACAACGGCGCAUUAAGCGCAACGCGCUACGUUGAUACAACGGAGCAAUGGAGCCAGGCCCUUACACGUGAUAAACAUUAUGCUCGUGCACUGUCAUACUUAUUAUAUAUAGUCUAGGGACUCAUGAUAAAUAUACAAAGUAUCUUUAUGAUAUGUUUUUCUUCAUCCCAGUAAAUAGUGAACGUUAUCGUCAGUGAGACGGCGAUUUGAAAAGCAUAUAAUGCUUUCUUCAAGCUAUGAAUGUGUUUAAAAAAUUGAAAUUAUAUUCGCAGAGCGAUAAUAAAUCUCAUUCACUUAAAAUCAUUAUCUUAUAUUCAUAUUCUAGUGAAAAAAGUUUAUCAUUAUAAUGUAUAAUUUUCUUCCAUAAAUAAAAUAUAGUAUAUUUUAGUACUUCAUGAAGGCUGUUUUGUAGUAUAUUUGUUGUUAAUAAAUGUGAAUCUAAAUGU